GUGCACUACGCAAAUCUGACUUUCUGGUGCUUGUAGAUACUGGGAGCUUGAUAGCCAGCACAGAAGGACCUAAGGCUAUCGCUUAGUAUUAAAAUCACCUUAAAACCGAAGAAAUUGUGCAUUGUAAAGCCGCGCACCCGAUGUGCUGAAGCCCUCCGUAACAAUGGGAAAUGGAAUAAACAAGGUCCUCCCUCAUCUGUAUCUUGGGAACUUUAAAGAUGCCCGAGACCGAGAGCAGCUUUCCAAGCACAACAUUACACACAUUCUUUCUAUACAUGACAGUGCUGCACCAAUGCUUCAGGAGGUGACUUACCUUUGCAUUCCUGCAGCUGAUCUGCCAACACAAAAUUUAACUCAGUAUUUCAAAGAGAGUAUCAAGUUUAUUCAUGAAUCCCGUUUGAAAAGAGAAGGGUGCCUUGUCCACUGCCUGGCGGGUGUUUCCCGCAGUGUCACUCUUGUGGUGGCAUACAUCAUGACUGUCACGGAGCUGGGAUGGCAGGAUGCGCUGUCCGCGGUGCGGGCAGCCCGGCCCUGCGCUGGCCCCAACAUCGGCUUCCUCCGGCAGCUCGAAGACUUCGAGAGCUCUCAAGCCGUCCAUUUCAGGAAGUGGCUGAAAGAGAGGUACAAGCAAAAUCCAUUUAAUGAUGAAGAAGAAGUGAAAUCCCUGCUAUCCAAGAGUAACAAGCCAAACAGCAUGGUGGGCAGCUCUGCUGGGACAGGAAACACUUGACAGUGUCAUCCUGAGCGCUCCAGUGCAUGGCUUUAUGGACUUCUGACUCCUCCUGUGGAGUAAACCCCUUUUAAGCCAAUCACAAUAUUUAAUUUAUACAGGUGGUAAAUGGAACAGUUGUUUUAUUUUCUGUGAUCAGUUCUUUUAGUAGGGUGAAAGGGGGAUAGGAUUGACUUACUGGUCUUUUGUAAGUCAUGUUUCCUGGUGCACUAUCAAGGGAGUUCUGCUUUGGUCCACUCGUUUGGGUAGCUCUACUGCUCAAAUCUACUUCCUGAUCUGCAGUAUGUAAAAAGAAAAUAACAGUUAUGUUUCACACUUUUAAGACACACAAAGGGAUUUGACAAUCUACCAUUUAAAAACAUGCUUUUUAUGGUACAUGUAAAGUUUUUGAAAUUUGCUAACCAAUGAGAAUUUAAAAUAUUUUUAAUCAUCGAAAGUGAGAUGUAAAAUGUGUCAUAAUGUAAAAUAAACUUGAUGGAGAGCAGUGUGUAAAAAAUGGAAAUGUAUUGCUUUUCAUUAAUGUGGGGUUCUGUAAAAUAUUUAGAAAACUUAAGAAGUCUUUUUAAGUUUACAGCCUGAAGAGCUGAAGUGUUUUCUUGUUGCUCAAUUCUUCAACCUAUGGAAUUUUCCUAUAGUGAGAUCGCAAGCACAACAGCCUUUAAAGCUAAGGAGAAAUUUUCCGAAUAUAAAACAAGAAUCAUCAUUUGGUAAUACUAUAAUUACGUCUAACAUACAGCAGCAUCUUUGGGUUUGCUCAGACACUCCCAGUGUCAAAUUAAAGUACAGCCAACACCCUGGGGUGCCUGUUGUGCCUAUAAUCUGGGCUAUGUUUUUUAGAAAUUACAUCAUACAAUUAUACACGCUUAAACAUACAUAGACUCCUGUUAUUACCCACAUAUGCGUAGCAUACAUUUCCAAUGCCCUACCAAAAUGAGAAUAGUGUCACCCACCCUUUCCAAAGUACAAGUAGUGGUGCAGUACAUGGCGUAUCCCAUGUCUCCUGAGGACUGUAAAGUACUAGCAGACUAGGCCUCUGUGCUGUGGAAUGUAGAGGAAAUAAGGCUGAAGCAAAUAACCUCACACAAGGCAUGGUUGUUGAAGCGUUAGUACCUCUUACGCACAAAGGACAAAAGCGGACCUGGCUGAUGUGCAAACUCAGACCGCCUCAAGGGUGUGCAGGCAGCAGGUGUAAGGUAUAUUUUACAAGAAUGCUGAACAUCACAAAAGACUUACAAGGAUGGCUUAUCAUUUGUGAAUGCAUGUUUUUAGAACAUGAAUAUGGAUUUGGGAUAUGGACAGUUUUUGUCGACAUUUUGAUUUAUCAGUCAUCCAUGGCUUGACCGUGAUCCACUCAAGUGAUUUUUAAUGUGGCAUCACCAGUGUCAUGUCUCCCUUGUUUUUCACCAGUUCU